AAGCGUCGGACCCGGCUGGCUUUUGGUCCUCCUUUAAAAUGAGCUCUUCUAUUUCAAUUUAGGGUUUUAAGAGCUCAUUUUUUAUCUGUUUAAAACCUUUCGAAAAAGAGGGGGAAAAAAAGAGCGGUCGAGAUUUUCACAGCCAUGGCGAGCACCAAAGUACAGAGGAUUAUGACCCAACCCAUCAACCUGAUCUUCAGGUUUCUCCAAAGUAAAGCUCGCAUUCAGAUUUGGCUUUUCGAACAGAAAGAUUUGAGGAUUGAAGGCCGAAUCAUUGCCCUAUUCGGCAUUUUGCAGGGUUUUGACGAGUACAUGAAUUUGGUUCUGGAUGAUGCUGAAGAAGUUAACGUCAAGAAGAAAAGCCGAAAGUCAUUAGGAAGGAUUCUUCUUAAAGGAGACAACAUUACUCUUAUGAUGAAUAGUGGAAAAUGAUUGUAGAUCCAGCAGUUAUUUGGACUCGUGAAUGCAAAAUCUUCUUGUCAUCGUAUAGGUCAAUCUACUAUGACUAUAUCGUACUAUCUUUAAAAACAUGCCUUCGUGUUAGGACAUUCACCUUCUAGGAGGUGCUUCUAGUAUUUCAGACAGUUUACUGAUGCUUUUGCUUAGAUUAUCUAAUGAUUUGACAUGUAUGAUUCUGCUCUUUGAUCUGCAUUAUAAGAUUUCUGAUUAAGUCGGCAUAAAAAACCCUUAUUUACGAUCUGUAGCCUGCAUUCUUCUCGUUUUCGUUAACCAUGCAUGUGCUGCUGUUCGGUUUUGGAUUUCAUUUAUUUCUGGUACGUAUUGGCCUCGUCAUUUAUUCAGAAGAUCUAGCUAACUACGAGUACAUGUUAAUUAUGUUACUCCUACUCUUCGUUUGUUUUUCUUCAAGUAUAAAAUGUUUGAUACUCGUAUAUGAUCCAUGGAUUUGGGGAUAUGACUUCUAGGAAUCCUCAAAAUACAUAGAAAAACUUGGAAAAACCAGACCAUACCUAGUAUCCUGUACUUGAGUCUCUCACUCAAAUCCAAGAAGCAUUAUCCUCCUAAGUUUUCGAACCUUAUUGUCGAAUUCGUCAAUGAUUUCGUUUGUGUCAAUUUGGCUUUAGUCAUGAUCUAAGUGUUGCUAUGAUGUUAGAUUGUCUUGAACCUAAAAAGUCUAUUUGAUUGUAGUUAAUAUAACUCGGAAGUUGAAAAUGACCCUAACUAGAAACUAUUUGACUAUUAAGUUGCUUUUGGGCUUCGGGUUUAGGGUAUAGCAUAGUUGUAGCCAUUACCAAUCUAAUGCAUCUUUGGUCGUCUAGUGAUCUUACAAAAAAAGAAAAGAAUCUAAAGUGUCUUGGGAGAAACUCAAAUACGAACUAGAUUGGUUGUCUGGAUCGGAAAUCAGUUGGUAUAUCCCUUUGUACAUUAGGGUUGAAUUGAUCUUUGACGAACUUCUCGAAACCGGUUAAAAAUCAGAGAUUGGGGGUAAACUACACUAAUGGUCAUUCGACCAUUAGUAUUUUUUUAUCACUUAACUAUGAAAAGUUACAAAUGAUCACUAAAUUAUUCAAUUUUGUUUUUAUUUUUUUAAAUCACUUGGCUAAUAUUAAAAUAGAAACACUUGAAAAUUCAAGAUAGUUGGGUGAUCAAAACAAAAAAAAAAAUUGAAUAUUUGAUUGAUCAUUUUGUAAUUUUUCAUAGUUAUAAAAAAGAAAGGUGAAAUUUUGUUAUUAGAAAGUUGUGUAUUUAGUCCUUGUAUUUUAAUUUGAUUAUUUUAAGUACAUGGAAUUCUAGUAUUUGAAAAUUGUAGUCUUAACCAAAUAAAUGCUAAUCAUUAAGUAUAUUUUGUUAUUCAGUAAAAUUUAAUUUGUCAAACAUAUUGUUGCAUAUGUUUAACUUAUUAUUUUUUCUAUCACUUAUAGAAAAUCAAUUAAUAGAUUUAACGAACAUUAAAAUUAAAAAUUGAAAAUUCAAGAAAUAUAUUGAUUUAAGAAUGCAGUCAGAGAAUGUGAAUUAAAUUUAUAAUUUUAUGGGUAUUACAUGACUGAUAGUGUAAUUUAAUUAAAUAUAUUUAACUGCUACCUAAAGUACACAAGUACUGAAUUUUCAACUUAUGAAAGAUUAUAGGACUGACUGUCCUAAGAGUAGAAUUUGAUAAUGUGUGAUUAUUUUAUAAUUUUUUAUAAUUGGUUGAUUAUUAAUAUAAUUGAGUUUGAAAAAUCAGUGAUGUAAUCAAGGGCAUGCAAUGAUUAACUCUCCCUAGGAGGAAUCCAAUGAUGACAUUUUUAGUAGAAAUUGAAAGGCAUUUGUGGUCGUAUCUCAUUCACCUUUCUCUGUGUUAUCUAUCUAUUGCUUUCAGACAGUUUCUGUAAAUGGACCCUUAUAUUCAGUAAUGCUAGCACAUCUUCUUUUCGGACAUAA